AUGACGGUGUUCACUAAACCAGCGGAUAUUUGUGAAAAACCUGUAAUUAUAAAUACGCCUUAUGUCCAAGGAAGUAGUCGCAGCGAGUCCCGGGUGGAUCUACCUGAGCAGGAGUUUUACCCUCAACCUACGCUAACUAUGACGACAUUGGUGUAUCUUUUGUUGUCGUUGUUUGUGGUUCUCCUUUUGGGAGGGAUUUCAAUUGUUGUGAUGCUCAAUGAGUAUAAGUCUGGCAACAAAAACUACCAGGCCUUCUGCCACAUUCCUGUGCCGAGAGAUUUUACUGAGAGGAUGCCAGAUGGCCACUACCGCGCCCUACCUAUUAGCUGGUCAUCCAAGCCAAUGCUGCAAAUUAUCAGCGCCAUCGACGAACCAGAGAGUGAUGAUAUCAUGGAUAUGCUGAAUGAGGAGCUGGAUAUUGGAGACUCUGUGGAGAAGAUCGCGGUUGUUGACAAUGGACGCCGAGUUGACUUCAUCCAUGACUUUAGUGACAAUGUUACUGGUAUUGUUGAUGCUGAGCGUUGCUUUGUGAUGGAUCUGGAGCCUGAAAUCGUUAUGCCCCCAGACCUAUUCGUAGCUGGACUCACUGCUCGAGAUCAAUUUGACGUGUCUAAGGUUCGCACCCAUUUGCGUGCAGCUUUACCAGCUAUCGUAGACCUCGCUAAGACCGCAAAGAAGAUGGCAGAGACCUGCUUCGCUAGACCUGCCUACCGCCUUUACCGCGACGAUAACAUCAUUGAAAAGCGUUCAACAGCUCAGCCUCAUGAUUACAUCCAGUUCUCCGGGAAGCACGUUCAGGAAAUCAAGAUCGAUAACAUCGCAGAAAUACUAAAAUACGAGGAGAAUCUUAAGAAGAAUUAA